AUGGCUCCGAAAAAACUUGUAGCACCAAUAUCACUGUUGCUAUUUGCUCUCUCACACACUGUUCUAUUGAAUGCAGCAGAUUUUUACUCUGAUUUCACCGUCACGUGGGGCGGAGGCCGCGCGACGAUCUACAACGGAGGAGAAGACCUUCAACUUAUGAUGGAUCGGGCCUCCGGCUCGGGCGGUGAAUCGAAAACUGCGUUCCUCUUCGGUAGAUUUGAUGUGCAAAUUAAACUUAUUCCUGGAAACUCCGCUGGCACGGUCACAACUUUUUAUCUUCAAUCGCGAUCGCCGUAUCAGGACGAGAUAGAUUUCGAGUUCUUGGGUAGCAACAGCUCCUAUGUGUUGCACACAAACAUUUACACAGGAGGAAAUGGUGGGAGAGAGCAACAGUUUCACUUCUGGUUCGACCCGACCGCCGAUUUCCACACGUACUCAAUCUUGUGGAACCCUCAACAAAUAAACUGGUACGUCGACGGCAUUCCCAUUCGGGUUUUCAAGAAGGCGAACGUCUCCGAAGUCGCCUACCUGGAGAAUCAACCGAUGAAGAUCCAUGCAAGCCUAUGGGACGGAUCGAAUUGGAUCGGACCGAUCGAUUGGAGCAAAGCACCGUUCAUCGCGCAUUACCAUGGCUAUAGCUACACAGCGUGCGUGUGGACCGGAAGUGAAAACAGAUAUGGCUUAGUCACUUGUAGUAAUAAUGGCACGGGGAAUAACUGGAUGAACAAAGUGCUUAGUGAAGAUGAGAAAAAUAAAAUAGAAAUGGUGCAAAAGAAGUACAUGUUUUAUACCUACUGCAAUAAAUCCACAGGGGGGAAUAGAAGUGAGAGCACUAUCAUUGAGUGCUCAAUCAACACAUAAUGACAUGGCAUGCAUAUGGGUUGAAUAAAACAGUGCAUGCAUUGUGAAUAACACAAGAAUCUUAUUAAUUAUUAUCUUAUUAAUUAGUGGGCCUCUUCUUUUUCCCUUGUUUUUUUUUUUCUCUUUUUCUUAAUA